AUGUCUUUGCUUCUUCUCUUCUUCGCCAACCUCCUCUACCUCUUCCCUGCUCCUCUCGCUCACCUGUCUGGGCUUUCUUUCUAUUUCUCCAACCCCCUAUCUACUAUCCUCAGCAACUUUAUCUCAUCCCCCACCGAGUGUAACGACUGGUUGCGGCUGACCUCGCCCGUGCCAAUCGAGUCAUACCAGCUCGCCCUGCCAUGCCCCGUUCCUGACGCCGGCAAUGCAGCCUCCUGA